AUGCCGAAUAUUGAGCAUACAGAAAAGAUUAAUGCAACAUUUUUAACAGUUUGGAAAUUAAUGUUAGAUAAAAUCGAACAUCCAUCAAAUUAUACACCAGGUGUUUCAAAUGUUGUUUUAGUUGAAAAUACUUCGGAAUAUAUUAUUCGAGAAAUGACAUUAGGUGAUCUAGGUUCAAUACGUGAGCGUAUUACAUGGGAUGACGAUGAUUCGCCCGGUAUUGGGAAAGUAACAUAUAUAUUGGAAAAACAUCCAAAAUAUAAAGGAGAGGUUGUUAACUGGGUUCGUCGUGCAAAAGAUGAUCCAAAACAAACUGAAUUAGAAUAUCAGAUACGAUGGGAGCCAUUAGAUGGUCAUUCCGAAGCUGACCAAGAACAAUUAUUUAGACAACAAUUAGCACAAGCUGUUCAAAUUGUUAAAAGAAUUGCUGAACAUAUGGCUGGUACAAAUCCAAUAACCCCACCAGCAGGACAAGGACAAAAAUAA